AUGUUUGGAGUUUUAAAUUUACCGUUUAAAUUUCACGCCACAUUAGCAUUUAUCAUUCGUUUAAUUUUUGUCUGUUAUGGACCUUAUCAUGACAGCCAUUUUGAUGUACCAUACACAGACAUAGAUUAUAAAGUUUUUACAGAUGCUGCAAAACAUGUCUAUCAAGGUGAUUCCCCGUACAAACGUCACACGUAUAGAUAUAGCCCUAUUAUUGCGAUCCUUUUAACACCCAAUGUAUUCUUGAAUUGGAACUUUGGAAAAAUUGUAUUCUGUAUUUUUGAUAUAUUUUGUUCUUAUGCAAUAAAAAAACUUAUUGAAAAGCAACUAUCGAGUAAAACUAAUGCGUCGAAAAUCGCUGUACAUUGCUCCUUAUGUUGGCUGUAUAAUCCUAUGAGUAUAGCCAUUUCCACGCGAGGUAACGCAGAUUCUAUGCCAUGUUUCUUCAUAAUAAUUUCACUUUUGUUUCUCCACACAGAUUUAGUAUUAGGUUUCCUAAAAUAUGUCCUGAGUGGCAUGUUCUUAGGACUCUCAAUUCAUUUGCGCUUAUAUCCUAUAGCAUUUACAUUUCCUAUGUAUCUAUCUCUUGGAGAAUAUAAAAUCACAAGUAAAACUACUAUAAAAGAUGGCAUUAUCCAGCUACUACCUAAUAAAAAGCAAUUGAUUUUAGCUUUUAGUUGUGUUUUAACUUUUGUAACCAUUACAGGAGGAAUGUAUUUAUUGUAUGGUUAUGAAUUUUUAUUUGAAACAUAUAUAUACCAUCUUUUCAGAAAAGAUACCAGGCACAAUUUUUCAGUCCUCUUUUAUUACUCAUAUUUGACCUCUGGUCAAACAAUUGAUUUAAUUAAAUUUUUAACCCAGAUAUUUGAAUGUGUCAUUUUGUUCAUACUUAGUUUAGCGUUUGGUACAAACCCAAAUACACUUGCCUUCUGUUUGUUUAGUCAAUCAAUGGUGCUGGUUGCCUACAACAGUGUUAUGACCUCACAAUAUUUCAUAUGGUUUCUUUCACUUUUACCAUUAGUUGUUCAUGAUUUUAACAUGAAACCAAGCCUUGCAAUAAUGUUAGGUAUCAUUUGGAUAUUUCCCCAAGCAAAGUGGCUAUAUUUUGCUUAUUUAUUGGAAUUUAAAGGACAAGACACCUUUGUUUUCAUUUGGUUAAGUGGCAUAUUGAUUUUUUUUGCAAACAUUUAUGUUUUGGGGCAACUCAUAAAAUAUUAUAAGCCUAACUUUGGUUUCGGUCAAAUAGCUAGUACAGGUGAAAUUAAAAAUAAGUAGUAUUUAGUUAUUUUUGUAGAUAGAUUUGCAAUGAAAUAAAAUAUAGAAUUUG